UUACAGCCGGCACGACAAUGAGUCGAUCGCCCGAGUUCAGGAGCAGUAGUUGCAGAAGUAGAAAAGCUUCAUUACGACACAUUCGUACGACGACUGCCGAUGGCGGUGCGGAGAUCGUCGAGGCUGCUGGUCUUCACGAUACUACUCCUCUGCUGCACUGGUGUUCUGCUGUUCCUAAGAUGCAGAAACAUCUGUGCCACGUGGCUGACGGCGACGGAGUCGAGCGCGGUUUGGAUGACUGAAUCACUUGCUCAGAAGGCUUCACCCGCCACCAACUCGGCCCCGGACCUGAAUUGGACAACCUGUCCAAGCAAGAAUGAACUUCAAUCGGAGCACCACUUCCGCCUUUGGGAUGAAAAACUUGCGCAGGCCCUGCGCUUUUCUGCUCAAGGGCCUCCUAGGACAGAGCAGGAGUCAUGGCACGCUGUAACAGACGACAUCCACAUCUUCUCUGCAUUCCUCGUCACCACGAAAGAAAGCGCAAUCCACAUCACGAGCCUCGUGCGAAGCCACAAGCCAAAAUUAAACAGCACUCCCAUUCAACACCCACCUCUGGUGUGCAUUAUUCGGACAUCCAACAGUACAAUCAGGCGUGAAGCCCGUAUCCAACUAGUCUGGACCUGGCUUAAUCCGAGCUUCAAGAAUGCCCUGAUCCUGUGCCCGCCGCUGAACAGAACGAUUCCCGUCGAUGAAGACAUCCGAGUGGCAGUCGCCAUUCGAGGUUCUCUCAUGAGUUCUUUGCGAUGGCUCCAGCUGCAUCGCCCGCCAGAGAGGGCCGAAGGGAAGUGUUGUGCCGUGUGCGUCAGGCCAUCCUACGGAUCCUCCAUUAGCCUCUGGAAGAUUGUAGAGUUCAUCUCACACUACAGACUCGUGGGAGUGAGUACAUUCUACUUCUACGACCUGCAGAUGUCAUCGGAUGCCAAGCUUCUCCUGGCGUGGCUGCAGUCCGCAGGAGUUGAUGUGACCCUCGUCCCGUUCAAGCUUAUUGCCGACACAGGCGACGUCCAUGCACAUGGCCAGAUGCCAGGUCUAUAUGACUGCAUUUUCCGGUCCAUGUCCAGAAUGGAGUACUACAUCCACGUAGACAUUGACGAGCUCAUGGUUCCGCUACGACAUUCCAGCAUCCCAGCCUUGGUCCAGGAGGUGGAACACGAAGGCAAUGGUUCCGUUGCAAGCUUAGACGUCAGGAGCAGGUACUACUGCUCCGAAUACCCUCUCAACUUGCAAUAUUCGAGCCUGGAGGACCUGCCCCUCCAGACGAGACUGUUCACCUACCACUCUGUGGACUUGCAUCAGCAGGACUUCACGAAGCAUAUUGCUCGCUCCAGGUCGGUCUGUGAGGCAGGUGUUCACAGUGUCGAACAGCACUGCACAGGAUACAAUAAGCUCCUUGUGGACAGUUCGGUAGCCUUCAUUAACCACUACAGACGCUGCUGCGAGUUCACGCAAGCGAGUGCUGUGCACAAGUGGAACAUCUCCCUUUGGAGCAUCAGUCACCUUGCUGUUCACCACUCAUUCAUAGAGCUUUCGGCACAUAUUGAAAGUGAUCCACUAGUAAGGACAAUUAGGAGUCUAAUACCGUAAGAUCAGGGACCCUGUUCAAAUGAGACUUAAAGGGACACUGAGCUUAAAGAGGAUUUAUAAGUUAAAAAAAAAGACAAAACAAAACUAAGGACAGGUGGUGACACUGCAUUAAAGUUCCUGCACAGGCUCCUCACGACGUCAUAGAUUUUUAUGCCGUCUGCUCAGGCCUAGUUCAUUUCAGUUAUUGGUGAAAGUUGACUACACUGUAUUCUUGAGGGCCCAAAGACUAAGCCGCUUCAAAAUACUUUUGCCGAGGCACAACAGUGGCAUUACGUAUGAAAGAAAUAGUCCGAAAUUUGCAACGCUACUCAGAUGUACCGACCCUGUGGUUUCGGCACGAAAUUUAUACAGUUGAACUUUGGCCUUCAAUUUCUCUUCUAAUAACCAGCCUGUUAUCGCGAAUUUUUUUGCAAAUAGAGUUUCGAAACAAAACUUUAUUAGUCUGAACUGAUUUUGGUUGGAAUUUUCUUCCCCUUUAUUUGGUUAUCCCCAAUCAGGUAGAUAUCUGCCGAAGGUUAAUCUUUGAAUUUUAAGCGAUUUAAUGUUACUCUUUAGUAUCUCUUUAAGAGCAUCAGCAAUGCCAACAGAAUAUAACACACAGAAGCUCCUGUUUUAAAUUGUAAAGCUAGCUUUCCUGUGCCGCAGUUUGGCAAGCUAAUGAAAGUCUAGUCAUUUUUGCAACGAGCACACACCGUGCACAGUUGGGUGAACGUGUAAUGCACAGAAGAGUGCUUGCAAACUAGGAAAGGGGUCCAUUCAUAGUAAUUCAAUUAAUGUGUCUAAUAACCAGAGGGCACAGGAAGACGAAUAUCCUAGCAGGCCACAGAAUACGAAUAAAUGUGCGUUUAGAGUUCCACGGCACAAAGGAAGUGUGAUGAAGCCGUGAUGAAAGUGCGAGAUAGACAGAUGCGAGUGCGCAACUUUGCGGAAAAGAGGAAGACUGCAUUGGUAGGGGAAUGUGGCCACUGACUCGUUGUUGGUGUCAGCGACUUUGGUUGCUGUGGCCUCUAUGCUCACAUCGGUCAAGUGUGCUGAGGCCUGUAAGGAAGAUUUAAUGGUGCACAGCAGCAUCUUGCAGCUCAGGCCAAUGACCCCAACAAAGAGUGCCACGACAACCAAUUCAGCACUACAAUGCCAUGUGCUGCAGUCAUCGCAACAACUGUGCAUGUAAGCGAUUGCCAGUUCCAGAACCAGACAUUCGUUAACUAUCUGUACUGCUCAGUUUGGACGAUGAGAACCUGCUCGUGGAUUUUAGUAGCGGAGAAACGACAGCUUAACAUGUCGCACUGGGACCUUCAGCAAACAUAGCCUGACAUCCAAACUAACUUUUAGGAGGUGAGAGCUGUCCUGCACGUUUUGUGAUAUGACAGUCCUUCUUUAUGUGUGUCUUUUACAGUCAUUGUCCAAAAAAGACCUUUUUGUGUUCAAUGGCUUUAGGUUCACACACCCAUUUCUUACAACAGCAGCAUGGGCAUCUCAUCCAGCCUUCUGAACGACACACUUUUCUAUUGCUUUACAAUUUUGAAAUGCUAUAACUUAUAGCAUUUAAUAACAAUGCACAUUUACAUCAACGUGAAACAAAGUGCUAUGACAGCAUUUGUUGGCAUGCGUGACAUGAAAUGUAGAUGCAAGUAGAACAAUGUACAAGCUUCAGUAUAUCCAGAGUCCUUCCAUGUUUUUAUGGUCACGAAACUCCGCCGUCACGCUAUGGGAGAGGUUCAUAUGCUGCCCAAAGGUGCCGCAACGUGGCGCCACUGUGCCACAGAGGGCAUCGUUCGCGUACCGAAACGCGUGCGCAGUGCUAGGCGAGCCGAGUGAUCGGGUGUGUUCUGUGCAUGUGCCGCGUUAUUUUUCGAGUGCUGGGCUGUUUAGUUGAUGUGGCGGGGUGGGACAACGAUGCCGAACACGUGUUGCAAGUAACAGCUGAAGAAGUAGAAUGGUGGUAUCUCUAACAAACCAUUAAAAACAUGCUGUAUUUGUGAUGUGGCUACUUGUGUUCUGAAGCAUAACUGCGAGUCGACUUGUGUUCGUUUGAGAGUUGUUUUGCCAUGUGUUAUGAAAUGCUUAUGCUUUACACUUUCUUGUUUACAGAAACAAUCGAUUAUGCAUUCUGUAUUUAAUGCCAUUCGUUUGGUGGUGUUUGUUCCCUGCCCCCCAAUGCAUCUCUCACGCUUGAUGUUAUUUCUUCAUGCUUAUAUCAGUGUCGUGCUUUUAACAAAUUUGCAUUGUGAAUGGUGGACCAUUCGUGGCCGGACGCCUCUGUGAUGUCUGUAUUUCGCUCCGCUUAUUUUACAUGAUAAAUAAAUGAUCAUGCUUGUAUGUUGUUUUUGCACCAACACGUUUUAUUUCUUUUCUUAAUCGAAUUAUAAAGUUUUUUUCAUUUUUCGACCAUGAUAAGAAUAUCAGGACCGGUGAUUGCAGCAUUUUAACAUAUUGUAAAUAGUUGCGCAUUAAGAACCAAAAUACCUAGUCUCGUAGUUUCUGCGUCGGAACCACGAGCAGCGUGAUUAAGUGCUCGGCUUACUGACGCUCCUAAACGACUGCUUGCUAAGGCAAUUGCCUAAUUACAAUACAGCUAGUUUCAACUGUGCAAGGUCCUAACACAGCUAGUUUCAAGGUCCUAACACUUUACGUUCGCCUUAAUCCGUUGCUAAAAGCCGCACCGAAGACAUUUAGUAGCGAAGUUUGCCUUGCAUUAAUCCUACCUAAAUCUCAUUCAGAAAUGGCAUCGCUUUGCAGAGAAAUCUUAAGCGCACAGGGCAGCUCAAUUUCCUUUUCUUUGUCAUUAAGUAUUCUACGGUAGCAGCCCUUUGCAAUAACAAUUUCAUUCUUUUGAUCUCAUUAUAAUAUACUGCCCACAGUCAGAGUCCUUCUCUGCCACAGUUUAACAGAAAGUGAACAGCUGUGCUCGGCGAACAAUCUGGCGCUAUGCGCAACGGAGAGUUGGCGCUUACUUACGGGUAAGCGGGGGUGCAACAGCCCAUAUGUUUGCAUCUGGUGAUAAGUGGGACUACUAGCGCUUUGUUGCGAAUGCGCGGUGUUUAAUUUUAGGGAAAUAUUAAAAGCGGAGCCCACCGAAGCGUUGAUGCGAACGGCGAUGAUGAAGAAAUCUGGACCGAGACCGCCCGACCGUGUACAGCGGACGCAUUUCGACGGGGGCGAAAUGCAAAACACCCGUUUACUUAAAUUUAGGUGCAUUUUAAAGAAUCCCAGGUGGUGAAAAUUAAUCCUGAGUCCCCCACUACGGCGUGCUUCAUAAUCGUAUCGCGGUUCUGGCUCUUAAAAUCCCAGAUUUUUUUUUUUUUAUUUGUGUCUGAGACCGCCGCAAGGUCCAUGUUAUGAGCGGCUUUCUUUUUUUCGUCCCGGGCGCUCACAUCAUGGCAGAAGACGCGCUCAGGCAGUAAUUUAUACAUAUUCAAUGUUAAAAAUAGUUACGUGAAACUAAAGCGACAGUUGAGGAAGUUGAGAAAGCUAGAAUACCGAGGCUGCCCCACACACAACCACAGCGGUAGCGGCGUUCGCAUGCCCUCAUGGACGGUUGCGCCUCUAGCGGCGGACGCUGGCUCUAUAUGAAACUGAGGUGGCAGUUUCGUGACCAGAAAAAAAAUGGAAGGACUCUGGUAUAUCUUAAUAUUCAGAUUUUGGUUUCUGCAGGAGGUCUUAUGGGUGUUUGUUUACUGUGAAGUUUGGUUAUGUUGUCCUCAAUCAGCAUUACAUCCAAGCAUAAAUUGUAGAUGACGUUGGAAAAGUGCUUAUUUCGAAAUGGAUUUCGAGAUCCCAGCCUUCUGCAGGUGUAGUGGCAAUCGCAGACAAAAAGAGUAAACAUCUUCAGAAAUUAUUUUAUUAUACAGAUGGCACACAUCACAUAUGAAACUGUCCUUUGUCUACUUUUGUAGGCUGUAUUCUAUAGGUGCUUCCUAAAUAUCACUUCUGCUCCCACUUUAUUUCAAGGUAAGCUUGAAGAACAAAUUACAAACUGUAUUUGUUGAUGUAUUUAUAUGCUGCUUCUGCAAAUAAAGCAUUUGGUUGGUA